GAUAGUAAUCAGUGAGUUUCCGGUUUCGCGUACAUAUCAUGAAAAGCUUUAUUUGUAGCUAAAGUUUCUCUAUAUCGAAUAAUAUAUUUAGCCAUUAAACGUAAUUAUAUCGUUAUAGAACUAGUCUGUGUUGUCGUGAUCGAAUAUCGAAGAAUGGUCGUAAGUAGCGCGAAAGGAUGAUGAGGUGUGGUGUAUAUGAGAGGAUAUCCUGUGCAGAGUGGUGCGCACCACGGCUAGGGCGGUGAGGCAGCGUGGCGGAAGGCGCGAGCAGCCAGCGAGAGUGCGGGAGCAUGGGCGGGCCGGGUGUCUGGCCGCGCGACGCGCCCGCGCUGCUCAGCACGGCGCUGCUGCUAGGCGGUGCGGGCGGUGGGUCCUCGUUGGUCGACCGCCCGCCGCCGCCGCUUUUUACCAUCGACAGUAUCCUGGCACCGAGGCCGCAGCCACCGAUGCCACCGCUGCAGCUGCAUCAUUUAGCCCAUUCACCUUUCCACAGAACUCACGAUAUUUUUGGUGUAGGGAACGUGGUGACGUCAGCUGGCGGCUAUGCCGGUUUGUACGGAGGUUACGCGGCAGCUGCUUUAGCUGGGCUUUCGGGCCCUCCGCCUAAACGUAAGCGCCGACACCGUACCAUCUUCACAGAGGAACAACUGGAACAGCUGGAGAGCACCUUCGACAAGACACAUUAUCCUGAUGUUGUUCUAAGAGAGCAAUUGGCGUUACGAGUCGACUUAAAAGAGGAACGAGUUGAGGUAUGGUUCAAAAAUCGACGUGCGAAAUGGCGCAAACAGAAGCGAGAAGAACAGGAACGACUUCGUAAAUUGCAAGAGGAGCGCGCUUGCAGCCGCGCGAUGGUGUCGGCACGAGCGCGCCUUUCACCGCCUUCUCGUCUACCACCCGCGCCGCCCACGCCUCGUCCUUACACCGAUGACUCCGAGGACUCCGAUCUCGAAGUCGCUUAA